AUGCUUCCAGCUACCGAAGGACCAUCAGCAUCGUAUCAAACAAUUCAAGAUGCGAAUCCAACCAAAUUUAUAAAUAAGGGGAUACAACCGCGAAUUCCAAAGAAAAUUAUGAAUCCAAAGAGUCCAUUUUACAAUUUAAUUCUCGAGACUGGAAUGGAAAGACAGUUGGAUGGAAAAUAUGUGUUAGAGGAAGAAGCAAAAUUGACACCGAUUGAGGAAAAGGCGAAGAAUAAUUACGUGAGAAGGAUGACAGUGCACAACCCCCGUUUCCUUAAGCUUACCGAAAAAAUUCAAAAAAAUAGAACUUUCCGACUUCGAAAAGUUUGGCUCCUUAAUAAAGAAACAAUGAUGCGUAACGUUAACCAAGUAAAACUCGCUCAACAAUUAUCGAGGGAAGCUAAAAAAGAAUCAAAACAAAGGUGUUACGCACAACAUCUUCAGAAAGUUAAGCGAAAAAAGGGAGCUACUACUGAAGAAUCAACUGAUAUUGACCAAGGAGGUGAAGAACAGUAUUAUGAUGAAGAUGAAGAAAUUGAAUUUAAUCUUACUGGUGAACAACACAAAUAUCAGUAUCUUGGGUACGACAGGAUGAACGACAACAAGGCGCGGAAAAAAGCAGCCAAGCUCAUUUCGUAUCCUGGGUACACCGGAUCAACGUUAAAUACGUCUAAUGUAUAUCAAACAUACCCAGAGAACGACUAUUCGUUCUUUCCUGCUCCAGCGCCUUCCUCUUUGUCAUCCUUCAAUCCAUUUGGACAAACUAGCCCAUCUUCAGCUCUAACUACUGCAUUUGGAAUUCCACCGCCAACUACAUAUUCAUCUCAUCAACAGAGUUCUACUUAUUCUCCAAUUGUUCAAAGCAUUUCAAGUCAACCAACCGCUGGAUUUACAAAUCCUUACAGUCAGCUAGCCUCGAACUUCAGUACAAGUUCAUUCGAUUCUUCGGCUCCAGUUUCUCCAGUUCCGACACAAGUUGCACUGGAAGUUUCUGAGCAAGAACUUUCUAGACAAAAAAGACUUAUGGAGAUUGAAGAAGAGCUAAAGGCGAUCAAUGGAAGAAAAUUGCAAAUUCAAAUGGAAGCUGAAAUCAAACAAGCAGAAGCUGAACUGGCUCAGAAACAACAAAUGAUGGAAAUUCGUGAAAGAGAGCUCAGGGAUAGAGAGUAUUUCGAGAUUGGGCGUAGAUCACAAUUAGAACAGAAUAGCUAUGCUUCUCAAUACUGUGGCCGUUCAGACUACAGUAAUCAUCACUCCUCCUAUCACGAUUCUCAUCAUCCACAGGAUGACUUUUAUUAUCAAGAUGGCCGUCCGAUGAAAGCUAAUAAAAAUCCGAACUCGUUCGGUUCUCGGCGCCGUGGAAGACAUCACUCAGGGCAAAAUUUCGAUGUAGAUGAACAUGAGUAUUAUGACGAUGAUCAUGGAGCACGCGAAGGUUCAUCCUCUUGGAAUCGGCCGGUUGACUCCCAUCAUUAUCAAGGAAAAAUUAAGCCCGCAUUCCCAAAAAAGAGUCGCGGUGGGAAUAAGAAGUAUCCUAAAAAUCAAUAUCAACACGGAGGAAUGGAAUAUGACUAGAAGGAAUGUAGUGGCGAUUUCCAUUUGUAAAUGUUUUAAUACUAGUGUUAUAAAUGUUAUGCUUUGUUCAACUAAUGAAUAAAUUAUAAUUUUUCCC